AUGAGAAAUGUAAUGAAUUCUUCUAUAAACUAGUAGAAGUAGAAAGAUGCAUGUUACGAAAUAAAUUAAUCAGAAGAAGAGAAAGAGGCGAUGUAUUAAAACGUAUUAAACAUGUUAAUAGUGAGGACUGGUUGCAUCCCUGGUCGCUAUAUGAAAUAGAGGAAAUGUUUGGUAGGGAUUAUGAACUUAAUAUACUUUUCGAUGAGACAGAGAUUUGA